GUGUGUGUUUGCCUUGACCCUGUACCCUGUACCCUGUUGUAGGAGCUCUUGUCCUGUUCUGCAUUGUACUGCUCUGUUCCUCUGUCAGCCCUGGGAUUCAGUCAUGAGGUGUGGGGAAAAGAAACGUGCCGCAGGAAACUUGUUUGUGCUACAGUUUCAGCUUCCAGCUGCUAAUUCUGACACAUCGUCAUCACUUUUUUUAGAAGUCAUCACGUUUUUUUGUUUUGUUGGUUUGUUAGUUUGUCUGUACUUCUGCCAGUGGUUGAACUCCCUGGCACGCUAUAUUUCUCCGCUUCCUCCCCUCAUCACCACCUCCCUUGAGGUGUUGUCUUUUCUUUUACCUUGCACCUGUGCUGCAGAAAGGUUGCUGUACACAAAACAAUGGAUGGUGCAUCUGGAAGAAUUGUGCUUCCAUGGGGAAGUGUUGCCUUUAGAAUAGUUCUACUUUUAAAAGAAUGGGAGGGAAUUGUAUUGUAGCUCUCUGGUACAGGGAAGCUGGUUGCAUGUGGGGAUUAUGUCAUAUGAUGAUUUAGUCACGCAAGCCUCUGAUUUUGAUCUGCCUUAUCAGCGGUGAACAAAGUAGGGGCUGUGGCGGUGCAGAUUCACAUGUCUCAUUUUAGGAAAAUUUUCUCUAGUCUCUAGAUGGUGUGCUUUAAAUGAUUUUUGUUUAAAACAAUGAAUAUUUUUUGAGGAUCUGAAAGCAUCAUCUCAUGCAUGUCUGCCUGCAUAUUUUGUUGUUUUUAAAAAGAGCAUUUCCUUCUCUCGCCCGCUUGAGUGAGAAAUGCACUGUUAACCAACAGCAUCGGGAGGAAGUGAGUGGUCUGUGGCUGCUGAGGCAUAUUUUUUUCUGUGAGCUGCUUGCACGGCACACAUCUUCUAAUCUGUCUCACUCGGAGAGGGGUAACCUCACUCUGCCAAAGAUCCCGGAGAACAACAUGGCCUUCGGAGUGCUGGGGGUUUUCCUCGGCCUGCUCCUGGAGGUCUCCUCCCAUGGGCCAUCCAGUGGCCCCAGGACCUCGUGGAAACAUGAAGAUGUCAAUUUGGUAGAGUUUGCCGAGCCAGGAGUCUUCAACUAUUCUACGCUACUGCUGAGCGAAGAGAGAGACGUGUUGUAUGUGGGUGCAAGAGAGGCCAUCUUUGAGCUCAGUAUGAAGAAUGUCACAGUCAGGAAAAAUAAGGUGAUCUGGAAAGUUCCACAAACGCACAUGGACCGAUGCAUUGCAAAAGGAAAGUCGAAAGAGACGGAAUGUCUGAACUACAUUCGGGUUCUUCAAGUCCUGGACAAAGACAGCCUGUACGUUUGUGGGACGAAUGCCUUUCAGCCUCAAUGUGACCACCUGACCCUUAACGACUUUAAACUUCAGGAGAGGCAAGAGGAUGGGAGGGGGAAAUGCUCCUUCGAUCCUGCACAGAGUUUCACCACCGUCAUGGUUGACGGAGAGCUGUACUCUGGAACGGCCUACAACUUCUUGGGCAGUGAACCAAUCAUCUCUCGAUACUCCCUUUCCCAGAGCCUACUGCGCACAGAGUACUCCACCUCCUGGCUCAAUGAGCCCAGUUUCGUGUUUGCUGACGUGAUAAGAGAGAGCAAGAACAGUGCGGAUGGUGAGGACGAUAAGAUCUACUACUUCUUCACGGAGGUGUCUGUGGAAUACGAGUUCUACGGCAAGCUGAUGAUCCCCAGGAUUGCACGAGUGUGUAAGGGUGAUCUUGGUGGCCAGAGGACGCUCCAGAAGAAGUGGACGUCUUUCCUGAAGGCUAAGCUGGUGUGCUCCAUGCCGGAGCUCAACUUUGUCUUCAACGUGGUUCACGACGUGUUUAUCCUCAAGACCCCCGACUGGAGGGAGACGGUCAUCUACGGAGUCUUCACCUCUCAGUGGGCAAACGUCGGCUUGUCAGCUGUGUGUGCAUACAACAUGUCAUCGGUCGAGGAAGUGUUUUCGAAGGGAAAAUAUAUGCAAAAAGCCACCGUUGAACAGUCCCACACCAAGUGGGUGAGGUACAACGGCCUGACGCCUAAUCCGCGCCCCGGAGCGUGCAUCAACAACCUUAACCGUCUGCAGAACAUCAACAGCUCGCUACACCUUCCUGAUAAGACUCUGCAGUUUGUCAAAGACCACCCACUGCUCGAGGACCCGGUCUUGCCCAUUGGCAACGGGCCCAGGCUUAUCACCAAGGACGUCAACUACACCCAGAUUGCCGUGGAGAGGGUCCGUGCCCUCGACAACAACGUCUAUGACAUCAUCUUCACCGGGACAGAUAAGGGAGCCUUGCAUAAAUCUGUGGUUUACGACGGAGAAGUCCACACAGUGGAGGAGGUCCAGCUCCUCCAAAACUCUGAGGCCAUUAAGACCUUACUGCUGUCCACACAAGGGGGGAGGUUUUUGUAUGCUGGCUCCGACUCGGGAGUGGUCCAGUCCCCCACGGCCUUCUGUGAGAAGUACCCCACCUGUGGAGAUUGUAUCCUGGCCCGGGACCCGUACUGUGCCUGGGACCCGCGGGCCUCCAAGUGUGCCAACAUAUUCAGUACUAAAGAGGGGUCUGAUCUCCGUCAUCUGAUCCAGAGCCUGUCUGGUGAGGCUGAGCGAUGUCCCGCAGCCAAAGCAAAGGAGUACCGGGACAUGUUGGUGAAGCCCGGGAGCUCCGUGGACCUGCCCUGCCCCCUGCUGUCCAACCGGGCAAUUGCACUCUGGAAGCUGAACGGCAGCGAGCUGAGCGAGACGUCUUCUCAGUUCCACCUGCUGUCGGACUCGGGGAUGCUGAUCUACAGCGCGGCGCCGGAGGACCAGGGCGCGUACGAGUGCUGGUCCGUGGAGCGGGCAGCGCCAGGCACCAGAGACUUCGCCAAGCUGGUGGCCGGGUACAGACUCCGGCUGCUGCUGCCACCGCCUCCCAAACCGCGCUCGCCCGGCCACCGGCCCCGCUCCUCGUCCUCGUCAUCCACAACGUCGUCGUCGUCACGUUCCAAGACGGCCCGCACCCCCACUGCCCCCGCUGCUGAAGGUAAUGAGCUCCUUUCCUCCCCCACCACCCCGCCACUAACAUCCUUACCGCCUCACGCAGCCACCCAGCAAACGCCCCCUCUAACCCCGGCCCUCAGCUCGGACGCGGCGUACCACACAGACAGCAGCGUCAGCAGCAGCGUGGCCCUCCAGCCCAUGCUCCCCUCCAGCAACGGGCCGGUGGGCACCAAGACCGAGGACCCGUCGGCCGAGUACCUGCAGCACGACAACAGCGGCGCGCUGCUCUUCCUCUUCCUCCUCUUCUUCCUGCUCUUCCUGGCCGCGCUGGCCUACAACUGCUACAUGCGCUUCCUGCCCGCGCCCUGCCUGCGUCUGCGCGCCGCGCUACUGGGCACGCAGAAGAAACCGCAGCCCGCGUACGCCGCCUGCGAGGCGGGGCUGAUGGAGACCACCACGCCCACCACCCUGGCCACCACCGUCCUCAACGGCGGCGGGGAGAAGCCCGACCUGACGGAACAGCUGUUCCAGAACGGAGCGCAGCUGCGGGCGCUGAGAGACACGGGGUACGAGACGGAACCCGAGUGUGGCAACGGUCAGGUGCCCUUGCGAGGGUACGGCGACGAGACGCCUCCCAAGGAGAGGCCUUUCGAUGUGGACUGCAUAUCGCAGCCUAUUGAGUAUGCUGAUGCAGACUAAGGCAGCACAUGAGUAUGCGCAUGUCUUAAAUGAGACUUUUUCCCCCAUUUCCCACAGAUCGCGCAGUUCAAACAGUGUUCAGCUGCUAAGCAAUGUACUGUCCUGUCCCACCAUUUCAAGUUCAUCGUCCCCAAUUGUAGGCUUGUAGAUGGAACUAGUCGAACAUAGUGAUCUCUAAGAGCAUUCCAUCAGAUAAUGAUAUACUUUUGUUCCCAACCUGGCUAUUCCCUUUUUUCCAGAGCCUAAUGCAAUAUUAUUUUUUUGUAAUAUAGAAAUUAGCUUUAAAUUGAAAAACCUGUGGUAACCCUGUGCAUCCUUUCUGCAAGACAACUCAAUUUGAAUUCCAAAUUGGAAACCUGGUUUACCAAAUUGGUAAGUGAGUUUGAUGUUUUCCAAAUUGGAGUAUAUAUAGAGUAGAUUUAUGUUUGUACAUUUACUAUUCAUUUUAAAGAGGCUGUGUUUCUGACUGGCUCCAUGUUGCUGUGUCAAUAUUUUGUGGGGGCGCAAGACUUGUGUGGUCCACUAUAAUGUGGUUAAACCUCAGGGAUGUUUCACCAGACUUCUAGAACAUUCUGUCGCUGUUCUGGAUCUCUUUGACCAUUUUAAUGCUCGGGCAGUGACAAAGUGCAGAGGGGCCCCAACGCAAGGACAUUAUGCGCGAUGCAAGAAGAAAGAUGGGCUGGAGAAGGGUCUUGCCUGCCUGACUGACUGCCUGCCUGUGGAAAAGUAUUUGGACCAAUAAAGACUGGACCAACUGGACACGACUGCUGCGGUCGCAAAACGCUGAAGCGGUCUGUCGUAUUUCUGUCAUGCUGCAAAGUGACUUUCUGAGCUGGCUUCACAUUUCCAGGGGCCAAACGUCGAUCUCUUGCCCUAUAACUCCUUGUCUCCCAAACUGAUCUUUUAAUGAAGACUCCCUCUAAUUCGUGUGGAGCUUUGGCCAUCAUUUCCUCUCUCACCACCCCAAACUAACAAACAGCUAAGACAACAAACAAUUGGCACCAACAUCAGACCAAAAAAAUAAUAUGCUGGAUUCUGUGAUGGUAUUUGCACUCAUACAAAAACUAAUCACUUAAAUCAAUGGACUGUAUUUUAUGUUAUAAUUUUUUGUUUUGUUCUAUAAAUAUGUAAAUAUUCACAGACAUUACAUGAAUUAUUGUGAAUAGAAAGCUGCUUUGCUAAGAUUUGUUACGCAGAUGUAAAGUAUAUUCCUUAUAUUCAUGUCAAGAAUGAAGCUUCCAGAAAUGAUCUGUGGUAUUCGUAGACAGUGACGGGACAACCCAAGCCACUCCUGUCUUCUCAUUUCACUUUUUAAAGUACUAUACUGACAGAACAACAGCGAUGUUAUGGAAUUCUGCUUGUAUGUGAUGCGCAAGUCAUGACUGACGAUUAGUAUUUUUCUCUUGAGGACUUUCCAAAAGGCUUCAAGGCUUCAGACAUCACAUUUCCAUCUUGGCAUGUGAUUGCUGGCGUACCUCUAGCCUUUUUCCUUCUGCGCAUGCAUUUUUCUCCCAUUCUCUCCCUGAUGCACAUUCACUCAUGCAAGUUUCCUUUUCCUUUUCCUCUUUUUCCACCUCCCUUCACUCUUCUAUUUCUCCACCUCUCUUCUCUCUUGCUCUGCCCUGUUCCCUUCAUUCCUUCUCACAGCCCCUGCUGUCAUUUUCCCCCCUGUUGACACUUCAGUGGUGUGUAAGUCCGGAAGUAGUCCCCCUGUCUCUUCUUCCUCCUCCUCCUCCUCCUCC